UCAAAAUGGGAUUAGGUUUUGACCUUAAACACAGUGAUGGGAUAUAUUUUUAUCUAUAGGACUGACAAAGGAAGAGCUGAUGAAGUACUCAAAUGACCCAUUUUGGGUCCGUCUGCGCUGGAUCAUAUUCAUAUUGUUUUGGCUCUUGUGGGUUGGUAUGUUGGUGGGAGCCAUCAUUAUCAUCAUCCUAGCUCCCAAAUGUGAACCACGUGCAACUCGAGAAUGGUGGCAAAAGGGCCCUAUCUAUCAAGUUUAUCCUAGCUCUUUCAAGGACAGUAAUGGAGAUGGGAUUGGUGAUCUGAAAGGGUUGGAAAGCAAAUUGGACUACCUGGACGACCUUGGUGUGAAGGCUGUAUGGCUAAAUCCAAUCUAUGAAUCUCCCAACAAGGACUUUGGGUAUGACAUCUCCAACUUUACUGCCAUUGAUAAGAGAUAUGGAACAAUGGCUGACUUUGAAGCCCUUGUUGCUAAGCUGCGUUCAAGAGGGAUCGAAUUGUUGAUGGAUUUGGUACCCAAUCACACAAGUGAUAAACAUCCUUGGUUCGAGAAGAGUGUGAAGCGGGAAAGAAAAUAUAAUGACUACUAUAUCUGGGAAGACAGUGCUGCUGCUGACCCAUCUGGUCAACAACUGCCACCCAACAACUGGGCAAUUAUAAAAAAGUGGCCACAGAUCAUUGGAUGUUUGGCUGUGCUGAGUGUCUUUGGAAAGUCUGCAUGGGAGUGGCAUCCAGAGAGACAGCAGUAUUAUCUCCAUCAAUUCUACAAGGAGCAACCAGACCUCAACUGGCGGAAUCCAAAUGUUCAGGAAGAGUUUAAGGAAAUCAUGCACUUCUGGUUGGACAAAGGCAUUGGGGGUUUCCGCUUGGAUGCUGUCAUUCACUUGGUGGAGGCUGAAGACAUGAUUGGAAAAGAUGAACCACCUUCACGUGAUCCCAAAGUCACUGAUCCAAACAAGUAUGGUUAUCUUGAACACACUUUGACUGCUCAUCAACCUAUGACCUUCACAAUUAUGGAGACAUGGAGAAAAUUUGUGGAUAACUAUGCAGAGAAAAUGGGUGAUGGUCGACAAAGGGUGUUGUUGGCUGAAGCAACAGGGGAAGUACCAGAUGUGAUGAAAUAUUAUGGAAAUGGAACAAUUGCUCACUUCCCAUUUAACUUCCAGUUCAUCGAUGGGCUAAAGCCACCACUCACAGGAGACAAGGUCAAGGACAACAUCAGUGAGUGGAUGGAGAGCUUGCCCAAUGAUAAUCUGUGGCCCAACUGG